UAUCUCGAAUAUGUAGCAUAUUAUUUCUCUAAACAUGUAAGCAAUUCUUGUUUAUGUAGGUUAAAAAAAUGAAACACCGCAUAACGCCUAUAAAUUUUUUAAGAAAGAACUGGCUUCUAGUUGGCAUAUUAUGUUGUAUUUUUGUAGCAGGCAUUUAUCCAAAACUAGGCUCGAAGGAGGGUCCUUUACAUACAGAUUACUCCGUGAAAUAUGGGGCAGUCUUUAUAAUUUUUCUUGUUAGCGGUUUGUCUUUAAAAACUGACAGUAUUUUUCGCACAUUCCAACAGUAUAAGCUACAUUUAUUUAUCCAGCUUUUCACAUUCGUUUUUAUACCACUUUAUACACAAGUUUUUAUUAAGAUAUUAUCCAUCUUUGGCAUAAACUCAUGGGUUCUCAAAGGGUUAAUAACAGUGGCGUGUAUGCCACCACCAGUAUCGAGUGCCGUUAUUUUAACAAGAGCAGCCCAAGGAAAUGAAACAGCUGCCAUUUUAAACUCAGUUUUAGGAAGCUUUAUAGGAAUUAUAAUCACCCCUUUAUCACUACUUUUUAAUUUAGGAUCGACGACAAUAGUACCUCUAUUGGGCACAAUAAUUCAACUGACUACAACCGUUCUGAUGCCGUUGUUGCUCGGUCAAAGCAUAAAAGCAUUUACGAAUUUCAGGGGGCACAGGCUUCCCCUAAACACAGUCAGCCAAUGUGCCCUGCUCUUUGUGAUAUACACAACAUUUUGCGACACUUUUCUAGUGCCGGAGACUGGCCUGUCCGCUUUAGACGUCAUUUUCACCGUGUUUUCAGUGUUGAUACUUCAACUGACUCUAAUGGGACUCAGCUUUAAAAUCUCUAGGUAUUUCAAGAGGUUAUAUUCAGCGCAAGACGUUAUUGCUAUCGUGUUCUGUUCCACACAUAAAUCAUUGACGUUAGGCAUCCCAAUUUUGAGGAUAAUGUUCCAUGGCUACGCCCACCUCAGCCAGAUCAGCCUGCCGUUGCUGGUGUAUCAUCCAACGCAGAUAAUCCUAGGCGGUUUGAUGGUGUCACACCUGAAAGACUGGGUGCACAUGCAGAAAAAUAAACGACCUCCUGUUUAAUAUGAAGCUUAAAUUUUUUA